GUCCCCAUGGCAACGCCGCGUACAUACGGCGGCCCGCGGGGGUCCGGCUCCCGCCCGGGACGGGCUGCGCGCCCCGGCCCGCCGCAGCGCCGCCAUGUUGGGCGACGAGCAGCAGGAGGAGGAUUUCCAGCGGUUCCUCCGCCGCGUCGACGACAUCACCAAUUUAGUUGAAGGCUUGAAGUCCACAGACCCAGCUAUUCAGGAAAAAGCCCUUGCUGAGACAGAGAAAAGGCUCUGUGAGAAAGAGGCUAGUGAGGAGGAAGAAUGCAAGACGAAGGUGAACAGAACGGUGAUCAACUCACGAGCUUCUGACAUAGAACAAGUGGAGACAAUAAAUUCAGAUGGCUUUCUGGCAGCUUUGGAAAAGGAUGCAAGAGAGCGUGCUAAACGAAGAAAGAGAAAUGAACAUUUAGCAGAUGCUCUGAAAGAGAAAGGAAAUGAUGCCUUCAGGAAAGGAGACUAUGUAACAGCCAUUCAGAAAUACACCGAAGGCCUAGAAAAACUGAAGGACAAGCAGGAGCUUUACACAAACAGAGCACAGGCCUACCUGAAGAUGCAUGAAUAUGAAAAAGCCAUUAGUGACUGUGAAUGGGCUUUAAAGUGCAAUGAAAAAUGUAUUAAAGCCUAUUUUCAGAUGGGGAAAGCUCACUUGGCACUGAAGCACUUCAGUGAGUCCAGGCAGUGCUAUCAGAAGAUCUUAGAAAUUGAUCCCCAAAAGGAAAGCCUAUUUAAAGAUUGCAUGAAUGAAGUAAACUUAGAGGAAAAAAGAAUGAACGAAGAAGAGAGAGCAUUGAAAGAAUUUGAGUCUGGCAGUGUUACAGCUUUGUCCAUAAAAGAACUUCUGCACAAACUUGAUAGGCCUGACCAGAACAUCCUCUACUAUACGGGAGGGAUCAGAGUUUUGACAGGAGCCAUGAAGGGCUGCACUGAGCAAACUUUAUUUAGAACAAAUGAUGGAUUCAGUAUCAUCAAUGACAACAAGGUCGUAAGACGAGGUUUCUGCGCAGAGAGGAAAAAUACUACUGAGGUGGAUCUGUCUGUUUCACUUCUCUUCCUUUGGCAAGCUGUCUGCACUGGGAAUGGGGAAAAUCAGCGUCUUCUGUUAACUCACCCUGACAUGAAUGUACAGCUGUCCGAAUUACUUUCUUCUGGGGUACCAGAGAUCCAGAAGGAGACCUUGGCACUAAUCUCCCUCUAUUCAGAGAAUGAGAACGGGAGGAGAUUGCUGAUUAGGCACCAGGACCUAACCAAGUGGCUACAGAUUUUGAUGAUGUUUGUCAGCAGCACUGAUGCCGAGGCUAGCAGUGCCAUGAACAUACUGACUGAUCUAACCAAAGAGGAAAAAUUCAAAACCCAGUGUCGCAUCAAGUUUUCCACAGAUGUUUUACCUUUAUUCAGCCAGUUGCUGACCUCUGCCAAGCUGGUGAACCAGACAGCGCUUGCCCAUUGUAUUGGCAUCAUGGGAGAUCUGUGUGCUGAUGUGGUCAUACGAAAGCAGAUGGCUGACUGCCAAGAGUGUUGGCAGGCUUGCUUAAAGCUUAUGGAUGAAUGUCUGUCUGGUGGCAGUAAACUCAAAUACCAGGAGUGCUUGUUUGCAGUACUGGGCCUAAUGAUGAAUUUGCUGCUUGAAUCAAAUGCAGCCAUCCAGUAUUUUGCUGUGGACAUAAGUGGGAGAUGCAUGUGUCUCCUCAGCAGUAAGGAUGGAAGGAUUGUGACAAGAGCCAUCGGAGUGCUAAGUCGCAUCCUGCCGGCAUCCUCCUCAGCAAUAGAAGAAGUAGUAAAAGGAGGAGUGGUGAAGAAAAUGAUCAAUUUUUUGAAAGCUGGAGGACAGAUCACAUCCAAUUAUGCUAUAAAGACCCUUUCCAUUUGCACCAAAAGUAACAGCCAAGCUCAAGAAGAAGUGGUGAAGUCAGAUAAAAGGUUUGGUGUGCUGCUGAAGCUCUUGGAGUCAGAGAAUGAAAUGAUUGUAGGAAAUGCUGCUUUCUGCCUUGGACAGUGCCUCGUAGUUCCUGGAGCAGCGACAUCCUUACUGAAUUCCAAUGUUGUGAUGAUUUUGUUGAAACAUGCUGGUGGUGAUGCUACAAACACUUCUGUGCAGGAGAAUGCAGCAAUUGCUCUGGGGAAGCUUUGUGUUGCUGAACCAAGGCAUAUUUUUCAACUGCGGGAGCUCAAUGGAAUGGCCAUUCUGAACUCCUCUAUGAAAUACGUGCAUAGUGUUUAAAGUUCUCAAGAAAGCUUCGGUACAUGUUGUUAAUACCAUUUGUUGUUGAGUAUUGCUUCUUCAUUCUUCUAAUAAAACUAUUCAUAGGACUUUUAAUCCUUUUUUCAUUUUUUGCUGUUCCUUUAUAGAAGCAAGUGAAACAACAUCAAUAUAAAUACAAGAAGAAAAGUUCAUUUGUAUUCUAGGCUAACAGUUAAAGAUAGGAGCUUGCACUGGACUUGUCUUUGCUGUAAUAAAUGAUGGUGCCAUUUCUUACUGGCAAGUUCCUUGUUGUUAAAUCAUGUUAAAAGUCAAGCAAUGUUAGACCAAGGGCUUGUCUAGUCUGCUUUCCAGUUCAUGUGUCCAGUACCCAGUGUUUCAGAAGGAAAUACAAAUAUUGUGCACUAGCAGCUAGACUGUGCUUCAGGAUAGUACGCUUGAUACCACCUUGUGCUCUGCUUAAACCUGUGGGUGCUCAUAUUAACCUGCUGAUGUGUUUUGGUCUUAAUUUCAUAAGUGAUCAGUGUCAAUGAUAAUCUUAUGGCAGUGAGGUUUACAGAUGAAUUAUGAGCUCUCUUUCCUAGCAGUGUUGUAUUUACUGUCUUAGUAAACUUAAUCAGAUUCCUUUGUCCU